AUGGGCACUUUACAGCAAAUUGGGACCAUAUUUGAAGAAGAAGAUGAUGAUGAAGAGAAAGAGAAACGUGUUUUCAAAGAGAAGAAACAACGUGGUAUGUGGUUGCAACACUUUGGAUCUGUGGAGCAUGAGGAAGAAAAACAAAGUGAUCCAGAAAGCUUCUUAUUCGAUUGUGAGAUCUGUACGGAAUCAAAUCUUCCUCUAAAUAAGAAGUUCCACAACAAAGUGAAGAAAGCAGCAGAUUGCUCAUCAAAACAUCCAUUCUGUACGGAUUGUAUAUCCAAGUAUAUUCAAGCGAAAGUUGUCGACAACAAUUCAUCGGAUAUCGUAUGCCCUGAUUUUGAUUGUAAGGUAAACUUGGAUAUAUUGUCAUGCCAGUCCAUUGUGCCACCGAAAGUAUUUGUCAGAUGGUCUUCCUUGCUUUGCGAGUCAGAAAUUCUAGCCAAGUAUGCUCAGGAUUUAGCUUACUGUCCUCGUUGCUUUGAAUGUGUCUUAAAUGAGUGUGGUGAUAGCUCUGGUGCAACGAAAUCAAAGUGUCCAAAUUGCAAGAAACUUUUUUGUUUUUCUUGUAUGAUCCCAUUGAUUGAGGGGGAGAUUCAUACGUGUAGUAGACAGAGUAAUGGAGACGUAAUCAUCAUGACAGAGAAAAAUGAUCUUCUGCUUAUGCAAAUUGCUAGGGAGAACGCAUGGACCAGAUGCCCAACAUGCAAACAUUAUGUGGAGCGUAUAAGUGGCUGUUAUGUCAUUACGUGCAGGAGAUGUUUUUUUGAAGCAAUUGGUAGUCUUUUUACCGAUGUGCAUAGUCUUUUUACCGAUGUGCAUAGUCUUUCUACCGAUGAGCACUGUCUUAUUACCAAUGUGCAUAGUCUUUUUACCGAUGUCAAUGAUAUAUUUCAAGAAAUUGGUAGUCUUUUUGUUGACAACUCCGAGAAGAAAGAUUACAAGUUCUUCAAGGCAGUUGAGAACUUACUAGCUACAUUAGGUGUAUCUGUCCAGAAACAUCAACAUCACAAGUUCUUUAAGACAGUUAAGAACCUACUAGCUAUAUUAGGUACAUCUGUAUUUGAAGAAGUUGCUGGCUGGUUUUAA